AUGGCGACUACGACGCUCGAGUCUCGCUUCAGGCAUUUGUCUGUCGAGGAUGCAAAAGAUGUAAACAAUGAGACCAACCGACACCGGACCUCCAAAGUAAGUACGCACAAUGAAGCCCUUUCAAUAUCCGUCGAGAGCACAAGUGUUGACAGGAAGCAGGUUGCACUCACUAGCGCUCGUCCAUCAGACAGAGUCAGACAAGCAGAAAUUUUGAAUUCUGCUGUAUAUAAGAAUCAACACACAACCAUUGAACCUGUCGCUUCCCAAGUGGCUUUAGAAACCGGUGCAAAAUCUCUUCGGCGAGCUCGAACGCCCUUAUCGGUUAUCUCAACACAAAGACCCGAGAGGGUUCCCCAGGAAGGAAAACAACAACUUACAGCGUUGAAACAUGUCGCUUCCCCAGUAUCUCAAGCCAAAGCAGGGCAACCUUUACGGGCUCGACAUCCCCUCUCUGUUGUUCUAUCGCAAUCGAAUGCAGCGCCCGCAAAUGAAAAGCACCAUACAAGUGAUGCCAAGCGACAAAGUACAGCCGUCAAUCAUGUCGCUUCCCAAGUGGCGCAUGCGAAAGGCGAACAUGCUCCUUCUCCGGCUCGACGCGCCCCCUCUGUUGCUCAGUCGGCGGCAACCAACGCAAUGGCAAAGACAGGAGAGCAGUUCGCUCAGUUUAUCAAACAACCUGUCCCGAAGGAAUUUCACCUGGGCAUGUUCGAAAUCGGCCGACCCCUAGGAAAAGGAAAGUUUGGACGAGUAUACCUUGCGCGGGAACGAGAGACGGGGUUUGUUUGUGCGCUCAAGGUACUACACAAGAACGAAAUCCAACAAGGACGGGUCGAAAAACAGGUGGCUCGUGAAAUCGAGAUUCAGAGCAAUUUGCGGCACCCCAACGUCCUCCGGCUAUACGGUCAUUUCCAGGAUCGAAAGCGGAUAAUCUUAAUUCUCGAGUAUGCCGGCAAAGGGGAAUUAUACAAGCGCUUGCAGAAAGAAGAGCGUUUCCCGGAGUGGAAGGCAGCGCAAUACAUUGCCCAAAUGGCGAGUGCUUUACGAUACUUGCAUCAAAAGCAUGUCAUUCAUAGGGAUAUCAAGCCUGAGAAUAUUCUUAUUGGUAUUCACGGAGAGCUGAAAAUGUCUGACUUUGGCUGGAGUGUUCAUUCACCAAGUAGUCGCAGACUCACAAAGUGUGGAACAUUAGACUACUUACCUCCUGAGAUGGCCGAUCCGAAGAGGUGCAACACGCCUUAUGAUGAAAAGGUUGACCUGUGGGCUCUAGGUGUUUUGAUGUACGAGUUCCUAGUUGGGAGAGCACCUUUUGAAGAUACUCCUGCUAUGACACAGAAGCGAAUCGCCAAGGGGGAUAUGACUAUCCCGUCUUUUGUUAGCGUAGAAGCUAAGGAUCUUAUCGAAAAGGUGAGCUCAUGUUCAAAUAUUUUACCAAACACUUACUGA